AUGAACUAUGUCAUCAACCAAGGUUGGGCUUUCUACUGGGGCACGAGUCAAUGGAUGCCAGCGGAUAUCGCUGAGGCCUGUGAGAUCGCCGACCGCCUAGGAAUGAUCCGUCCCGUGGUGGAACAGCCGAAGUAUAACAUCUUCGACCGUCCUCGUGUGGAGUACGGUUUCCUGGAUCUGUACAAGAAGUACAAGUUGGGCUUGACGACGUACUCGCCCCUGGGGUACGGUGUGCUAUCCGGCAAGUACACGAAGGAUAUUCCGGAGGGUUCUCGAUUCUCGACGGAGUUCUACAACAAAAUGGUGCCGGACUUCCGUGACCGCGUUGUCAAGACCUUUGAGCUACAGAAGAUCGCGGACGAGCUGGGCUGCUCCCUUGCGCAGAUGGCUGUCGCUUGGUGCGUGUCGAACCCGAAUGCGUCAACGGUCAUGCUGGGAGCUCGUACGAGGAAGCAAUUGGACGAGAACCUAGAGGCGAUUCGAUUCGUGGAGAAGAUCACUCCCGAGAUCAAGGCUCGCAUCGAUGCUGCGGUGGACUACAAGGUGCAGAUUCCGGAGAAGGAGGCGCUCGCUAGUGUCCGUGCUCGUCACCUGUAG